CUUCUACAUAGAACUUUCCACCUAUAUAUGUACCCUUCCAAUGUUUAAGCUCAGUCACCAUUCAAAAACAUAUUCAGUUACUAAUAUAUAUACGUACGUCGUCUUUGAUCAGUGAACAUGGCAUGCAACAUGUCUCCUCUCAACUCCAACGACCUGCACCGGAUUUUCGAGAAGCUUGACCAGAAUGGCGAUGGCCUGGUGAGCCUGGAGGAGCUCAAUUGGUUACUGGAGAGGAUCGGGGUCCAUGUCCACACGAGCAUGGACGAGCUCCAGACUCUAGUGGGUAAAACGAGCCUGGACCUCACUGACUUCAAGUUCUUCUACGAAACCAUAAUUAAGGAAAACAUUAAUGUCGAAAGCAAGCCUGAAAAGGAGGAUGAUAGCUUGGAGGGUGAUCUUGCUAAGGCUUUUGGGGUGUUCGAUUUGAAUGGCGAUGGCUUCAUUUCAUGCGACGAGCUCCAGAAUGUGCUGUCAAGAUUAGGGUUGUGGGAUGAGCGCAACGGCCAUGAUUGUAGGACUAUGAUCAAUGUCUACGAUACAAAUUCCGAUGGGUUGCUUGAUUUUGAGGAGUUCAAGAACAUGAUGCUGAUCACUAAUUCUUAACCAAUUUAUGAUGAUUUUUAAAGCUCAGCUAUAUAGGCUAGAUAGUUUUUAUGAUCAAAAUUAGGGAUGAUGUUCAAUUUUCAAUAUUACAUGUUGUAUUAUUGUUGCAGUUAUUAUUUGUAGUGAUUUUGGUGAAAAAAAUUGGAGUGGAUUAACAUA